AGCAUUUUGGCAUUUAGUGUGAUGAAGAAGAGGAGAUAAUAUACAGGAAAAAAUAAAAAAAUAUAUCGAAGAGCCAUUUUGGAAAAUACAAUUCCGCCAUAUUUUACCGGCUUUUUUCAAAAUAUUUACAUUUUUAUAAAAUGUAAACAAACCCAAAAGUUGUAUAAAUUUUGAAAUUAUAAAAUAAAACCCAGAUAUUAAGUGAAAGGUCGCCUGUGUCGCAGCCUCAAAAAGUAUAUAGAGACAGACGAGUGGUUCUAGCAACGCGUCUGCAAACGACAAAAGUAGUGAAAAAAUAAAAACAAACGAAAUUAAAUACAAUGAUGAAUGGCCACAAUUUCGCCUUGGGCUCUGGCAGCUCAGCACCCAUUGUGAAUAAUUUGUCAUUGGCAUCGGCCGCAGUGCCUGUCUCUCAUAGUGCUACAACUUCACCCUUGUAUUUCACGCACAUCUUACCGAGCAACACUACGAUAAUCGAACAGCCCUAUUCCACGGAUCUAGAAGAGCAAAUUGGCAGCAGCUGUGGUGCAGUGGGCGAAAGUUUUCUCAUAGAAGAAAUCAUCGAUGAACGUGAUGAAGAGGGUAAUAUAGUUAUAGACACGGGCGAAUUCUUUAUAUCCGGCGACAGUAUACAAUAUUAUGCAGUUCCUGAAUCGAUGCCGCCGCAAAUAAUAAUGCAGCCCUCGAAUUCAUCGUCUACAGAUUCGCUGGCAGCCUAUACGGCCGAAUGUGUUGUGCAGGGAGGAGGAGGCGGCGAAGAAAUCUUACCAGACUCUACGGAUGCCAAUGAAGUGUUUGAUGAAUACGUAACGGCACAAUUAAAUUUGGACAGCAAUCAAUUUGAUAUUACAUCCCAACACCUGAUGGCAACAAGUCACAUUAAAAUGGAACAUUUGGUGGACAACAGCCACAAUCCAAUGGUGAUUAAGCAAGAGAAGACGGACGACCCAAAUUAUAUGUGUAAAAACAAUAAGGAAAGAAGAGAGAAACAGCGAUUAAAUGAAAAAUUAAAAAAGUCACAGACUACCAAACGUUGGAAGCAAACAAAAGUGCCCAUACGCAUAACACAAGAUGAAUUCAAUGUCACCCUAUGGUCAGCACUCAAUUCAGAAGAUGAAGAUGGAGAAGAGGAAGACGUAGAAGAAGCGCCCGAAGAGAAUAAUAUCGAAAGCGAGCUUAAUCAUGUUAACAUGAAAAAGGAGACAUUUAACUUGGAAACGAAUGAUAUGUUAUUGAAAUCCAGCACGCUAGAAGAAGCGGAACAACAGGUCCAUAAUAUUUUAAUGAACGAAACUAGUAGCAAAGUUCAUGUACAUGAAGGCCUCUCGCCGGCGGAAUAUGUCAUAGUUCCUGAUCCUUUUACCGGUGACAUAGUCGAAGAAGAAGUAGAAACAGCAAAUGAGAGUAUUAUCGAAGAUAUAAAAACUGAAGAAACCCUAUUAAGCACUAAAUCAAAUGAUUUUACUUUGAUACAAAAUCAAGAUCAUCAGAUAAACGAAACUGAAUUAACAGAAACUUUUCCAACUGCACCAACCGUCUUCAACGAUAGCAAUAAUCUAUUAUCAUGUCCGCAAACGUCUGCUGAAGUAGAGGCAACAGUCAAACUGAAAAGUCCGCCGGCUAAAAAAGCAAUAAGCACGCCUUCAAAGAAAACCACAAGUGCUACUACUACAUCUACUACCACAUCACCACCACCAGCAACUGCUAAUACACCUGCUUACACAACAUCUGCCACCGCCUCGGGGACAGUGACAGUGUUUCGCUGCACAUUUCGAAACUGUAAUAAAGAGUUUCGCAAUCACUCAGCCAUGCGUAAACACUCCGCAACCCAUGGGCCGCGCGGUCAUGUUUGUGCUGAGUGUGGCAAAUCUUUUGUAGAAAGUUCAAAACUAAAACGUCAUCAAUUGGUGCAUACGGGCGAAAAACCCUUUGAGUGUACAUUUGAAGGUUGUGGCAAACGUUUCUCCCUCGACUUUAACUUGCGUACACACGUUCGUAUACAUACUGGUGAUCGACCCUAUCAUUGUCCAGUCGAAGGUUGCCACAAAUGUUUCGCCCAGUCCACAAAUCUCAAGAGUCACAUGUUGACUCAUUCAAAACCGAAACGUAAAUGGCCCAGGCCGGUAAAUAAUAAACCCCUACUAGCACGUUAUGGCCGUCUUGAAUUGGGUGAAAAUCCUGAUUUAGUAUAUUUGGAAACUAAUGAACAAUACGGUCCUAUUUUAGAUAAUUCAUAAACCAUUUUAUUCUUUCUUCUCUUGUGUUUUAUUUCUUUGCAAUUUUUCACUGUAUAGUAUUGUAAAGUUACGUGGAAAAAUAACAACUUUUUAGCAUACAUUUUUUUGAAAAUUUUUUAAACGAAUUAUAAAUUUGUAAAUUUUUAU